CUUGUGCUAAUAAUACUGCGAACGAAUGCGACCAAACAAAACCGCGCCUUAUCCUCCCAACCAAGGCUCAUCGCGCCGCGCCCCAGCAUCAUGAGCAGCGUCACUGCCACCGGCAUCUCGCAGUCCACCGGCCCGUGCCUCCUGCUUCGCCAACACCACCGCCGGCGAGUGGUGCCGCGGUCCCUAUUCCGGCGGCAGCCGCGCGGGCACACGACUGCCCGGUGGGCGUGCGGCGCCAGGAGGCGGGUGAGGUACGAGGAAGAGGAGGACGAGGAGGAGUACGGGCACAACGAGGAGAUGGCGCGGCUGGAGACCUACAGCGAGGGGGCGCGCGACGUGGCCCUCCUCGUCACGGCCGCCGUCGACGGCGAGCUCGAGUCCGUGCUCGUCUUCAAGGGCUUCUCGUCGAGCCUGAGCGGGAGGACGGCGCCGGACCCGGCCAUGAGCGUGCUCCCGGAGAGGGCCGUCAUACAGUCCGUCGACGUGGUCAAGGGGCCGUUCGACCCCGACAACAUCGAGUACCUCGAGAAGGAUUUGUCAUGGGAAGAAUUCAAGAGCCGACUCCAAUAGCCAAACAUGUAUCACCUCUGUUUUGAAUCACAAGACGUUUUUGGAUAUGUCAA